AUGCAUCUAGCCACAUACCAUUCAUAAUAACAGCUUCUCCUCGCAACAAACGUCUAUUCCCAUUUAUUAUUUCUCUUUCACAAUUCCGGUGCCUUUUCCUUUAACAAAGACAUUUGCCAAUUUCCUCUCGAAUGGUCUUCCACUUUUAUACAUGCGCCAUCCAUAAAGUACGCCGAAAACAAUAUCUAGAAUCCCUCAAAAAUUCAAACUAUAGCUAUAGAGGACAGCUGAUAAUGCUGAUAUACAGUAGUAGACUAUAGCUAUGACUUGUGCUGACUUGUGUUCGCAAUCAUGGAGCACCGGUAAUCCGUAAUAGCUGGGAGCUUAUCAAAAAAAUAGUUCUCUUCCAAAACGUUUAUAUGCUAUCAUAGCACUGCAUAGUUUAAAAAUAAACGACUAUCAAAAUGAAAAAGAAACUAGUUAUAUUAUUACUCCUACUAUAUGGCUCUCACUUCACAAAUGCAGAUAUAUUUGAUAUAUUGUAUCUGACGCAAAUAAAAGAUUUAUACUGCAAUUUAUUUGAAUGCUGCAAUGACAAAACAGUGCCUUACAAAUUAGAAAGUCUUCAAUCAAUGCUUGAGAUAAAAUUAUAUGGCCAACAUAUAGCAGCAGAAGUAGUACUUAAUGCAGUCAAUAGUCAUCUUAGAAAAUCAAAGCCUCAAAGACCAUUAGUUAUGAGUUUUCAUGGAGCAAAUGGUGUUGGAAAGUCAUAUGUUUCAAAGAUGAUUGCUGAAGCUUUAUACAAGAAUGGAGAAAAUAGUAAAUAUUUUCAUUUUUAUUAUGGUCUAGCAGAUUUUCCAUCUAAUGAUAAAAAUAAAAUAAACGACUAUCAGACACGACUGAAAAAUGAGAUUCAAGAAUCUAUUAGCAACUGUGGAAGAUCCUUAUUUAUCAUUGAUGGAGUUGAUUAUAUAGCACCUCAUGUACUGGAUGCAAUCAUGCCAUUUAUAGACUGUUCGAACUGUGCAAAGAAAAUUGAAAAAAAUAAAUCAAUUUUCAUUCUUUUAACUAACACAGGAAGCAAAGCAAUAGAAGAAGAACUUCUAAGGAGAAUGGACGAUGGUAUGAAACGUGAAUCACUUAGUCUUAAAGAUUUUGAAAUGAUCAUUAUCAAAGAAGUCUUUAAUCAUGAAGGACCUUUUCAUAAAAGUAAACUGGUUCAAUCUGAUGCUAUAGGUUUUUAUGUUCCGUUUUUACCAUUAGAAAGACAACACGUAAAAAAAUGCAUCAAAAAAGCCUUCAGAGAAUUAAAUUUCAAAGCAACUGAAAAUUUAAUAAAUAUCGUUUUAGAGGAACUAAGAUUUAGUCCUACACCAAACUUUUAUUCAACGAGUGGUUGCAAACGGGUAGACCAGAUAGUUGGUAGAAUAUAUUAUAAAGCCAAUUCAUUGAAUGAUUUUAACGCAAUAAAUAACGAAUUAUAAAUCUAUAUUAUAUUUUUUAAGAUUUCACUUAUAUACAGAGUACAUUUAAUUUCAGUGCUAUUUUAUAAUUACUUUAUUUAUAUGAAUAUAAUUUAUUUGUCAAAUGGAAUAAAACCUAAUUUAUUAUCGUGUUGGUACUUUGCUAUUCUGUAUUGUAUCAAUACAUGGACAAAACAAUUCCAAUUUAUACAACCCUAUUUGUUUCUGUUUAUACAUAUUGUAUAGAUACAUAUUACAUAUGUUUAUACAUAUAUUGUACUUUUAAUCAAAGUAU